AUGCUUCCGUCCUUCAGUUACGUGACUGAGCACACCGGCUUCUGUGGUACGAUCAAAAACUCGCCCAGUGAUUUCAUAGUGACAGAAAUCGAGGGAUUUCUGAGGGAUACCCGGGUUGAAUCGCUUCAGAAAGGCGGCGAAGCGCCGCUGGAGCAAAGGAUCCCACGCCCGCAGCAACCCAAUGAGCUGAGCGUGGAGCCUCCCGGCCCGUGUGCCGAAGGCUGUCCCGGUGCUGUGCCCUGUUCUCCGGAGCAGGACCCGAGCAGGGUAGGAGGCGACUGUUCAGCAUCCCCUAACAAAAAACAGCGUGAAGGUGUACCCGAACCGAAACCUGGCCUUGAGGAAGGCCGUAUACUGGAUUCCUUACUAGGCAAACCGAUGAGCGAACGGCUUCAUCAGUUUGUCUGUGGCCUGAAGGACACAUGGGACCUGGACAGUGGUGCCGGGGGCGGCGCUGCGGAGUUCUCACUAGGACCCGUACUGGACAAGAAAAACCGAGCUAGUCUGCACAGUGCUGUCAGGCAGAAAUUCCCCUUCCUGGUCACUGUUACGAAAGGCAAUGAGAUGAUUGUGAAGGGGAAUGGUGAUUACAGAGAACUUUGUCAGCUGGUGACUGAAAAGGAAACAAGUGAUUUCUUUAAAUUUUUAGAUGCAAAGGUAGAAAAUUCUACAUUUUCUUUCGAGCCAGAUGGAGACAAAGAGCACAGAAAAGUAGUUCACCACUUUAUCAAUAGAAAGUUUGGAAAGCUUUUAGAAACAAAGUCAUUUACUGUGUCAGAUGUCACUGGUCAACCAAAUAUGUCAAUAAUGGUGCGAUUUCGAGAAAAAGGUUGGUCCAGAAAAAGGUCUGCUGGUGGCUUCAAGGAAAAACAAGACUUUUAUACAGCUUUCACCCUUCAGAAAGAAAACCUAGAAACACUGGAAGCAAUCAGCUUCUUGGCUGCUGAACUUGGUGUUCUUCCUUCAGACUUCAGUUAUACUGGCAUCAAAGAUAAGAAGGCCAUUACUUACCAACCUAUGGUUGUGAAGAAGGUGACACCUGAGAGGUUGAAAGAAAUUGGAAGCAAAAUGGAAAAAAAGGGCAUCAGAAUACACAACAUACAUUCAGCAUGCCAGCACCUGAGACUUGGUCAGCUGAAAGGCAAUCACUUUGAUAUAGUUGUGAGAGAUCUUAAACACCGUAGUCAUGACUCUUCUGCAGAUUUGAAAAUGAGAAUAUCUGAAGCAAUGGAAAAUGUUAAGACAAAAGGUUUUGUAAAUUACUAUGGACCUCAGCGAUUUGGACAAGGACAAAACGUUCAGACAGAUCAAAUAGGAUUGGCUUUACUGAAUGAAGAAAUGGUGAAAGCUGUAAAAUUAUUCUUCACACCCGAAGAUACUGAUGACCCUGUAAACAACGCAAAGAGAUACUUUCUUCAAACUGAAGAUGCAAAGGGCGCACUUGUGAUGCUGCCAGAAUUUAAAGUGAGAGAGAAGAUGUUGCUACGAGCUUUACAUCGCUAUGGUGUAAGUCAUGAAGGCUGUACCAAAGGAUGGCUCAACAUUCCUCAUUCCAUGCGCAUAUUCUAUGUCCAUGCUUAUUGCAGUAAAAUUUGGAAUGAAGCAGCAUCAUAUAGGCUGAAGAUUUAUGGUUCAAAAGUUGUUGAGGGUGAUCUUGUUUUCUCAGAAGAAAAUGAUGAGAAUAUUUCCCUGAAUGACAAGGUUCAUGUAGUCGCUGCUGCAGAAGAGUUGGCUAACAAAUACUCUAUAAACCAAGUGGUUCUUCCAGUGGUGGGACAUAGUAUCAAGUAUCCCAGUAAUAAGGUUGGGCAAUGGUACCAUGAAAGGCUUUCUAAGGAUGAGCUGCAGAUGUGCAAAUUCAGAGUGUCCCCACUACAGCUGAAUAUACCUGGAUGCUACAGACCCAUUUUGAAACAUGUUCAGAAUCUGGCUUAUUUUUUGGAAGUCAGUGAAAAAGGAAUUGAAAUUGAAGACAACCAUCUGAAUGAAUCGAAAGUCUCUCUUCAUAUAUCAUUUGACCUUGAUCCUUCAUGUUAUGCAACAGUUUGUCUGAGAGAAAUAAUGAAAUGUGACUUUUAAGAUUCCAGUUAAUGAAAGACUCUAGGAAUAUAAUACAAUGGUGAUAUGUUAUGUAUAAUGCCAAGA